GAAACUCCUGCUGAAGCAGCUGAGAUCCACGUGACUCACUGUUAUAAAGAUGGCCUUUAUUAAAGAGGAGAGUGAAGAUAUAAAGAUUGAAGAAGUAUUCAGUCUAAAACAAGAAGAUACUGAGGAACAAACAGAUUCUUGUGAUGACACUGAGGAGGAUACAGUUGGAGGAAGAAAGAGAAAGAAUGAAUGCAGUUGGAAGAAGUGUGUUAAUAAAAGGCGAAGAAUGAUGGGACAACCAUAUGUUGGGAUUAGAGGGAAUGAAGAAGUUAACAUGAAGCCCCGGGUGAUGGGACCAAGAUGUCAGUCUGCUGGAUGCAUAACGUCCUCCAAGCGUCACUGCAGUACAAUCGGAGAAGCAGACAGAGAGAACAUUUUUAAAUGUUUUUGGGAGAACAUGAACUGGGAGGAGAAAAAAAUGUAUGUUCGUGGUUUGGUGGAUGUUGUCCCUGUAAAGAGGAAAAGGGGCUCUGACAAUUCAAGAAGGUUAUCUACUCUUUUUUACUUUUUAAGAGUUGAUGGACAGAGAAGAAGGGUGUGUAAAAGUUUAUUUUUGUCAAUGCUUGGAUUAGGAGAAUGGUCUGCUCUUAACUGGGUGCAAGACGCAGGCAAUACACAGCAGAAUGCAACGUCACACCUCAGGCGUGAGGAUCGUGAGUUCAUGAGGAGUUUUCUGCAGGAUCUCCCCAAGACCUGAUGGUGCUGAAAGAAGAGAGUGAAGUACUACAAGAAAUGCAAGACAAAGAUCAGUAUAAAAAACGUCAUGAUUUCAUAACUGGACAAAAAUCAUUUAGUUGCUCAAAGAUUGUAAAGACUUCCUCAAGGAAAAGUGCUCAAAAGACAAGAACUAGAAGUAAUUUCAGCUGCCAACAGUGUGGUAAGAGUUUCAAUAAACAUGGAAACUUCAAAGUGCACAUGAGAAUUCACACUGGAGAGAAGCCUUAUACAUGCCAACAGUGUGGAAGAAGUUUCACUCAACAAGCAACCCUUAAAAGCCACGCAAGUGUUCACACCAGAGAGAAGCCGUACACAUGCAAACAGUGUGGAAGCAGCUUCAGUAGGCAAGGAAGCUUUAAUAGACACAUGAUACUUCACACUGGAGAAAAGCCUUACAUGUGCAAACUGUGUGGAAAGAGCUUCACUCAAAAAGUACACCUUAAAGUCCACAUGACAACUCACACUGAAGGAAACUCUUUCACCUGCCAUCCCUGUGGGAAAGGUUUUAACAGAAAAGAAGACCUUGAAGUCCACAUGAGAGUUCACACUGAAGGGAGCCCCUUUACCUGCCAACAGUGUGGAAAAAGUUUUAACAAAAAAAGAAACCUUAUUGCACACAUGAAAAUUCACACUGGAGAAAAGCCUUACUUAUGUACUCAGUGUGGGAUAAACUUCAACCAAAGAGGAAACUUUAACAGGCAUAUGAAAACCCACACUGUAGAAAACUGUUUUUCCUGCAAACAGUGUGGAAAAGGUUUUAUUCGAAAAGGAAACCUUAAAUACCACAUGAGAAUUCAUACCGGAGAGAAGCCUUACACAUGCCCUCAAUGUGGAAAGAGUUUUACACAUAAACAGACUUUUAAAGUCCACAUUAGAAUUCACACCGGAGAGAAACCUUACACCUGUGAACUGUGUGGAAAGUGCUUCACUCAAAAAGGACACCUUAAAGUCCACAUGACAAAUCACACUGAAGGAAGCUCUUUUACCUGCCAUCCGUGUGGAAAAAGCUUUAACAGAAAAACAGCCCUUAUUUCCCACAUGAAAAUUCACACUGGAGAAAAGUCUUGCACAUGCCUUCAAUGUGGAAGGAGUUUUGUGCAUAAACAAACCCUUAAAAUCCACAUGAAACUUCAUACUGGGGAGAAGCCUUUCACAUGCCUUCACCGUGAGAAAAGUUUCACAUAUCGAGACCUGGAAUGUAAUUUGCAAGCUCAUUCUGGAAAGAAAUUGCAGAGUUCUGAAUGUGUGAAGAGGUUUAGGAAAAGGAGACGUCUUAAAAAUCACCUGCACAUUCACUCUGGAGAAAGGACAUUUAACUGUGGUCAGUGCAAUAAAACUUUUCUUUUGCCAUCGCAUUUACAGAUACACCUGAAAAGUCAUGCGGAUGUGAAACCCUAUUUUUGUUCUGUGUGUAGAAAGAGUUUCAAAUGGCCCAGCAAUUUAAAAUGGCACCAGAAAACGCGUAUCUGUAACAUUAAGGCUGCAUUCACACUGCAGCUGAAUGCGAGCCAAAUCUAAAUAUUCCUUAGUCCAAAAAUUUGAUUCAGAUUGGGGAACCCCAUCUAUUCUCAUUGUUAAAUUUGUUUUUCAAAGAGUCCCGUGCGUCUUCAUUGGUCAAUCUCUGUGUUGACUGUAUAUACUAAAAGACUUUGUAGUGGCAAUGUUUUUUGACUACGUGAUGAAGUCUGUAUGGGUUGAAAUGUUUCUUUUUUCUUUCUACUAUUAAAAUAGUGAUUGAGAGUA